AUGGCGCUGGUUGUUCAGAAGUACGGCGGGAGCUCUCUCGCCGACGCAGACAAGAUAAAGAAUGUCUCCGAGCGCAUCGCUCGUGCCAAGGAAAACGGCAACAGGGUCGUGGCCGUCGUCAGCGCCAUGGGGGACACUACCGACGAGCUGAUCGAGCUUGCGGGCCAGGUGUCCGACAGUCCUGACCUGCGGGAGUUGGACGUUCUUCUUUCGACCGGUGAGUUGAGGUCGUGCGCGCUGGUCGCGCUGAGACUGAACUCGCUCGGCUACCCUGCGAUCAGCCUCAGCGGUGCGCAGGCCGGCAUUCGGACGGACAGCCAGUAUGGCAUGGCCAAGAUCUCUAGCCUGGAGCCGCAGCGCAUUAUGGAUGAGCUGGACGACGGCAUGAUCGUGGUUGUAGCCGGAUUCCAGGGGAUCACUCCCGGCAUGGACACGACCACUCUGGGUAGGGGGGCGUCCGACCUGACGGCAAUCGCGCUCGCGGCCGGACUGGGAGCAGUCCGGUGUGAGGUCUACACCGACGUGGACGGUAUCUACACGGCGGACCCCAGGCUUGUGCCAAAGGCCGCGAAACUGGAUGAGAUCAGCUUUGAAGAGAUGCUGGAGCUCGCGAGCUACGGCGCCAAGAUGAACCCUCGGUCGAUAGAGCUGGGCAUGGUGUACGACACGCCGAUUCUCGUGGCCUCCAGUUUUUCUGACGUGUCGGGUACGUUGAUACAUGGUGAUGCGGACAUGAACAAGAACGUGGGCGAGAUGCGGAACCGCGUCUCUGGAAUAGCGACCGAUACGAAUGUCGCGAAGAUCACUCUCCAGGGCGUCAAAGACCGUCCGGGGAUUGCGGCGAGUCUGUUCGAGCCUCUGGCUGACGUCGGGAUAAGUGUUGACGUAAUCGUCCAGAACGCGAGCGUCGGAGGAACGACGGACCUGACGUUUACAGUCAAGAGAGACGACCUCAACAGGGCGUCUGAGGUUGUCCAGCGAGUGGCCGAAGACCUCGGCAGUACGGGCUUCGUCACAGCGCUCGGCCUGGCGAAGGUCAGCGUCGUCGGGACCGGAAUGCAGGACGCCCCCGGAUACGCGAGUACGAUGUUCCGAACCCUUGCUGAUGAGGGCAUCAACAUAGAGAUGAUAACCACGUCCGAGAUCAGGAUCACGUGCCUCGUGUCCGAGGACGCGGUCGGCCCCGCCUCCCGAGCGCUGCACACCGCGUUCGAUCUGGAUGUGGGAUAG